CCAUUUCCCUACUCAUCAGCAGUCCAAACGUUUCGUAAAAUUUUUCGAAAAAUUAUUCCUGCGAUAGGAACAUUUCAAUUUUCUAAUCGUUUCGAAUUUGGCCAACUCCCGUUUGCAACCUGAGUUUUGAAAACUUUGAAACGCUUUUAGGAUUUUAAACUGGACUAACCAACCAGCCAUGAAGGUCAAUGUUUCGGGUGAGUAUACGCUGGCUGAGAUCGAAGUCGAGCUGGACUCGCAGUUGACGCCGGACGACCUGGAACCCGGAGCCACAGUGCUGGCCACCAACGAGAGUACUGGCGGCUUGGAGCGGAUUGUCAGCCAUGAGGAGCUGUCCAGAUUCUUCGCCGUGGCGCCAGCGAGCGCCAUCCCAAUGCCCACGGAUGUUGUAGUGGAGCGGACACUGGCGGAUCCCGCGUUCAAGCAAAUCUUGCAGGAGGCCGAUGGCAAGAAAGAUUUUGAUCCAAAGGCGGAGCAAAUGAAGAUACGCGACUUUUUGGCCGGGGUCACCAGCAGCAAGAUGACCACUGAGCAAUCGGUCUUCCAUGGAUCUCGUUUCAAUUCUUCUGCGGCCACUGGCAGCCGUAUGAAGUGUCCGCAAUGUUUGGUCCAUUUCGAGGCUGCGGUCUUUCAAAAUCAUUCCUGUGAAGGCAAGCCGGUUGAGGUGGCGGCGCCACAGCAGGAGAAGCCCCCUCUUGUCCCAACUGUUGUUGCUCCUCCGGCUCCGCCAAGCAAACCGGGUAGCGAACGAGUGAUCCUCGAAAACCAAGUGCGUCUGCGCCGUUACAUCAAAGAUGAGAUGAAGUACGAUCUGGCCACAGGCAUCGAUAGCUCGCGCAGCAAGAAUACAGCCAAGGGUCCCAACGAGUGCACCAUGUGCGACCGCAAGUUUGUCCACGCCUCUGGGUUGGUGCGACACAUGGAGAAGCAUGCCCUGGACUUGAUCCCUUCUCAGACCAACGAGCAACCCCAUACUAUACCGGCUGCCGGACUUUAUGUGGUGGUGAAGUGCAAUGCCUGUGGCCGCAUCUUUUAUGAUCCGCAAGUGGCCUUUAAGCACGGUUUUAUUCACGAUUCGGAAGAUCCAACGUUGAGCAAAACUCCAAAGAGCCAAAUACCCUACGAUAAAGCAGAUUUCAAUGAGCUGCUGCUGGAAGGCGAGAUGCUGAUAGCCAGCGAAGCCCCUUUUGCCGCAUGCCAGCUAAACACCAACCGGUCGGAGAAGGAGAUGUUCACCAGCCUGAUCUUGGGUAGCGUUUUGCAGUGCGAGUUCUGCGAGUACAUUUUCGCUGACAUAGCCGAGCUGCUUGUCCAUUCGGCCUCCCAUGUGGCGGAGCGGCGCUUUGAGUGCACCGCCUGCGACAUUCAGAUGAGCACGGCCAAGGAAGCCAGCAUCCACUUCCAGACGGACUGUGUAUUCAUGCGCGAGGCAAUCAGAUCGCUAAACGUCACGCUUAGCCGCUACUUUGUGUGCAAUGUGUGCGAGCUCAAGUUUGCCAACACGGACCUGCUCCAGGAGCAUCGGUAUACCUCGUAUCACUACUUCCCUCGCCUCUGCGAGAAUGGCAAGAAGCUGCUGCUGCCCUGUGAGUUCUGCGACGUCAACUUUGAGUUCGCCCACGAGAUUCUGGCGCACAACGAGGAGAAGCACCUCAAUAAAAAGAAGCGCGAGAAGGAGACGCGCAACACGGGCGCCGGCCGAAUGCGUCAGUAUCUGUGCGACAUCUGUGGCAAGUCGUACACCCAGUCGAGCCAUCUGUGGCAGCAUUUACGCUUUCACCAGGGUGUAAAGCCCUUCGUUUGCCAGGAGGAGAACUGCGAUCGAAAGUUCACCAUUCGCCCAGACCUAAACGACCACAUUCGCAAAUGCCACACAGGCGAACGUCCAUAUCUGUGUCUAGUGUGUGGAAAGCGCUUUCUCACCGGAUCCGUCUUCUAUCAGCACCGGCUUAUCCAUCGAGGCGAGCGGCGAUAUGAGUGCGAGGAGUGCGGUAAGCGUUUCUACCGCGCGGAUGCACUCAAGAACCACCAACGCAUUCAUACCGGAGAGAAGCCGUACAGCUGCCUCUUCUGCACCAAGACCUUCCGUCAGCGCGGCGACCGCGACAAGCACAUCCGAGCGCGACACUCCCACUUGGAUGCAAACUCGCGUCUCAUGAUGCAGAUGCAAAAGUUCCAACUGGAAUCGGCCGCUGCUCAGAAGGCACAAAAUCAUAAUCCCGAGCAGCAGAAUACUGAUUUUGCUGAUGGUGCGAGCUCCUCGGAUGUGCCCACUUGCUCGGGAUUCAUGCCGACAGAGCCUGGCGACACGGAGAUGCAGUAUAACAUUAUGCCGGAGCAGCAGGGGGAAAUGAUGUGUGUGCCAAUCGACGAAGUAAACAACAGUUUCUUUAUGUCGCACUACAUGCAAGCUGUUCCCAUGGAGGAGGAUGGUUCGGGACAGCAUAUUAUCGUCUUCGAGGAGCCAGUCCAGGAUAUGGAAAUGAUGACUAUUUUCGAUCCACAGCAGGUGGGCGAGCCAAUACAGGAGCGCGGCGCGCCCAUGUUGCAGGCUGAGGAAAAUGCUAGGGUGGUGGUUGUCAAGAACAAUCCAACUCAGCCGAUCUUUUCGGAUACCUAUAUGUAAAAAUCAAAUUCAAAUUUAAAUAAACCGGCAAAAUAGAAAAGCUGCCAGAAUGACCACUUAUCGUGUGGGCCUUUAAAA